GCUUUCGAUAGCAGCAUCGAUUGUGCCACAGCUCAUAGUUCUUACAAAAAUAAUACAAGAACCAUAAUUAUAUUUAAAUACAUUUAAGUGCAUAUAAAUAGAAGGAAGUAAACGAGUUUAAGGAAGUGCAAACAUGAAAAUCAAGGAGCUACAGAAAACGGUGAAUAUUGCGUGGUCACCGUUGCAGCAGCAACAAAUAUUAUUGGCCGCCGGCACCGCUGCGCAGCAAUUUGAUUCGAAUGCAAAUGCCACAUUGGAGAUUUACUCACCGAGCAUCGGCGAUGCCAGCUACGAUCUGGAGCUCAAGGCCAGUGUGGCCAGCGAUUACAAAUUUCAGAAGCUCAUCUGGAGUCCGCAUGGCAUGAAUAAUGGCACCCAUUCGAAUGGCCUUAUUGUGGGAGGCUGUGAGGCUGGUCAUAUUAAUGUAUAUUCCGCCGCCAAGUUGCUGGCCAAUGAGGAAUCGCUGUUGGCCAGGCAGGACAAGCAUACGGGUGCCGUUAGUGGUCUGGAUUUUAAUCCAUUUUUGAAUAAUCUGUUGGCCUCCUGUGCCUCGGAAUCGGAAAUUUAUAUUUGGGAUUUAAAUAACCCUGUUAGUCCACUCAAUCCGGGCGCCAAGACCCAGCCGCUGGAGGAUGUCAAAAAUGUGGCAUGGAAUCGGCAAGUGCAGCAUAUUUUGGCCUCAGUGUUUAGCACACGUUGCGUUAUCUGGGAUUUGCGCAAGAGCCAGCAGAUUAUCAAGUUGUCGGAUACGCAGUCGAGGGUUCGUUGGCAUGCCAUCGAAUGGCAUCCAGAGGUGGCCACCCAGGUAUGGUUGGCAUCCGAGGAUGAUCAGGCUCCCGUUGUGCAAUUGUGGGAUUUGCGAUAUGCCACCGCACCGGCCAAAACCUAUCAGAUCCAUGAUCGUGGCGUGCUGGGCAUGUCGUGGUGUUUGCAGGAUCCCGAUUUGAUGGUCUCGUGUGGCAAAGAUAAUCGCAUAUACUGCUGGAAUCCAAAUACGAAAAUACCCGAGGGGGAAAUUCUUUCAGAGGUGGCCACCACUGCAUCCUGGUAUUCGGAUGUGCAAUUCUGUCCGCGUAAUCCAGCGUUGAUUGCCAGCGCCAGUUUGGAGGGCGCUGUUUCGAUUUAUUCGCUGCAUGGCGGCACUCAUCAUUUAGUGCACACCUCCGAGAAGAUUGCCGACUCCUUUCCGGGCAUGGAUCAACUCGCCCAGGAGCCGUUGCCCCAGCAGGCCACGCAAGUCGUCUAUCACGAUCUGACGCACGCACCCAAAUGGAUGAAACGGCCGUGUGGCGUUGCCUUUGGCUUUGGUGGCAAGCUGGUCAGUUUCAAUGGCAACUCGCGGACGGUGCAGGUGUCGCAGCUGACCACCGAACCAGGUCUUGUGGAGCGUGCGAAUGCCUUGGAGUUGUCCUUGGCGGAGAAUAACUACUCGGAUUAUUGCCGGCAACGUGCGGAUAAAUCAACGGAUCAACAUGGCCGUUAUAUUUGGUAUUUCAUCAAGGCGAACUUUGAGCUCAAUCCCAAGGAGGAGAUGCUCAAUCUAUUGGGUUACAAUAAGGAUGACUGCGACGGCAAGUUCAGCAAGUUCGUCAAAGAGCCGGAGAGCAACUCACAAUCUGACGUGGACACCCUCACGACCCGUAUAUCAACUCUUACGCAUCAAACAAACGACAACAAAAAUAAUUACGAUGGUUUAUCCAACGAAUAUCCAGCUGCGCCCAGGCCUCAAUUUAAAAUACCCAGCGGUGAUCACACUGACAGUCUGAUCACGGAGGCGAUCCUCACGGCAAACACGGAGGCAGCCGUGGAGCUGUGCUUGGAAGCGCAGCGCAUACCCGAGGCCCUCAUCAUCGCCUCCACGGCGGGCAUAGAGACGCUGACACGCAUCCAAACACGCUAUUUGAUGCAGCAAAAGAGUGAAUUGUCUAAUGUGAUCUCAGCACUGGUCACACGAGAUUGGCUGGACUUUGUCAACCGUUGUACGGUGGACUCUUGGAAGGAGGCACUCGUUGCGGCACUCAAGCACAGCGAACGCAAACUGGUCGAUAUUUGUGAGCGACUUGGAGAUCGUCUCUUGAAUGAGUCAUCGUCGUCGAGCAGCAUUGAGUUGACCCGAAAUGCAAUGCUCUGUUAUAUUUGUGCAGGCAGCAUUGAUAAGCUAGUUGCUGCUUGGUAUCAACUGAAGCAGCUGGAGCAACAGAAUCACAACUACAAGCUCAACACUAGCGAGCUGCAGGAGCUGGCCGAGGUGGUGAUGCUGCUCACCAAGUCCCUGGAGCAGCAGGGCAUUGCCGUUGACCUCGCCGGUCGCUUUGCGGGCUUCAUUUCGGAAUAUAGCGGACUGCUCGCCUCUCAAGGCGCCCUGACUGCCGCCCUGCAGUAUAUAACCACGUUGAGCAGGGCCAAUGCGGAGAGCGAAGAUCUGAAUGAGCUACGCGAACGCAUCAGCAAUGCAGUCAACGUGGACCGCAUUCCACCAGCAGUAGCAGUUGGAGCACCUGCAGCUGCAACUGGCGGAUAUAUGCGUCAAAUGGAGCCACGUGGCUCCUUCUCUAAACCGCCGCUGCUCAAUCCAUAUCCAAAUGCUACCACAAAUGGCAACAGCUGGCCAGGAGCAGCACCAGCAGCAGCGGCAGUUCCUCUUAAUCUUCUGCCAGCUCAGCCAGCUGCGCAAAUUUUUAAUCCGCCACAAAUGAAAGCUGAAGCACCUUCAACACAUCCACCACGUCCGCACAGCAAUGCCAGCUCUACGGGUGUACCAUCAGUGCCAACUGCUGGCUCUGGUCUGCAUUCGCGUUCCAAAUAUGUGUUGGAUCCUUCGGUGGCAGCACCCACGAGUGCCUAUGGCAUGGCCUACAAUCCAAUGCCAGUCCCUGCGGCAGUUCCCUUCGCUGGUGCAGUUGCUCCCAUUGCUCAGCCUGCGAGUGUGCCACAGUCUUACAAUACGAGUGCAUUCAAUACCAAUCCCAUAACAACGGCUCAACCAUAUAAUCCAACGCCAUUUAUUGGUGCACCACAAAGCAAUUAUAUGCCUGGAAUUGCACCUAUUGAAGCAGCACCGUCUCCACUCGUGCAGAAUAUACAGCGCAAUCCGACGCCACCGCCCGGCUGGAAUGAUCCACCUGCUCUGAAAUCCUCACGAGUACCAAAACCGAGACCAUCAGCGGAGCCUUCGGCAGCAAUACUGCAUCCGUUGUACGGAGUAGAUCCGAAUCAAAAUCCGAAUAGCUACAUGGAUCCCAAUCAAUAUCAGAGUGUGCCACCAGUAGCUGCUGCUUCAUAUUACAAUCCAGCUGCCAACAAUAAUCCGCAGGGCUUCCCCCAACAACAACAACAAAUGAAUUUCCAGCAGCAGCAACAACAACAACAACCACAGCAAUAUUGGCCCGGUCAGCAGCAGCAGCCACAGCAAACCUUUGGUUAUACCGAACAGCCGGCAACCAUACAGGAGCAACGUAAGCCGGAGCCACCCAAGGAGAAGCCGCCACUGCCAGAGGAAUAUAUCUAUUUGCAAACCGUGCUCGAGGAGCUGAAAAAUCAAUGCCUAAGCUCAACCAAUGAUCCGCGCACCAAACGGAAAUUUGUGGAUGUUGUGAAACGCUUGGAAAAUCUCUAUGAUUGCCUGCGCGAUGGCAGGCUAACAGCGACAACUGUGCAGCAUUUGAAUCAAAUCGUGCAAUAUAUUCAAAUCGCCGACUAUGCAAAUGCCCUCGAGGUGCACACUAGGAUCGCCUUUGGCACCGAUUUCGCCCAAUGUGCUGGCUUUAUGCAGGGAUUAAAGGUGCUGCUGCAAUCGGCAUCCGAAAUGCAUCUGGUUUUGCGCUAAAUUUCUACGAUUAUUAUUGUGUGGUUUGUCCAACUCCCCCCUAAAAAAUCAAAAUCCCUUUUAUGUUACUGCAGCUUUUCUAUAUAUAUCUGUACUCUUAUUUUGCGUUCUGUUAGUUGCAGUUGAAAAUUACAAAAAUAAACAAUUAUUUUCUAUAUUAA